CAGGGUGUCCAACCUCCUCCAAGCCGUCGGCUGGAUAUUUCAAGCCCUCGAUUGCCUGGUCUCGCUCACAACUCCUUCCACAGCACUCCCCGUCAAGGCCUGUCAUCGCCCAGCUGGCGCCCCGAGCAGCACUCCAUCGCAUCCCCUCCAUAACAGGCCGAGCGACCUCCCCCUCUGACUCAUCCCCAUCAAGGCUAAGCGAUUCCCACCAUGGCCGCUCUCCGAACAACAACAACCACCUUCCUCACCACCGUCCCCCGCGCCCUCCGAGCGCCACCACUCUCUGUAACCUCCCCGCGUCUAGGCUUGAUCUCGCGAUCCGCCGCGCGGUUCUCAACAACAACGCCGUCACCGUCCACCGCCAACCCAAUCCUUCAAGCCAACCAAAGCCAGGCCCAGACCCAGGGCCAGCCGUCCUCCUCAGGCUUCUCGCUGAAAGGGCUCAUCUCCAACCCGCGCAGGCGCCGGGCGCUGCUGGCCGGCCUGGUCGUCCUGGCUGGCGUGGACGCCUGGGUGUGGGUGAAGUUCUUCCGGCCGGGGGCGAAGGGGGAGAAGGCUGAGGGGGAGAACUGAACCAGGGGGUUUUUCGUGGUCGAGUCGGAGUGAAUCUAGGUAGUGUACUGUGUUAGGCAGUACACAGUAGAGGGUGGGUGCUUGGGUUGUCUAGACGGGGGGGUUCAUUCUUGGAGGGGAAGGAGUUGGUGGGGUGAGAGAAGCAGGAGGAUGGGGAUGGAACAUGUGUGAAUGAGGAGGCUCCAGAUGCUAUUCGAGAUGUUUGGGCUGGCACGCAGAGAGUAAGAUCCGGCAUGCCAUGUACAAUACUGUACAGUACUGUGUAGGAGGAGGGUAGGUGUAUCAUGUGCGGGAGGAUACGGAGGGAGAGGGCAUACCCCCCCCCUCCUGCAUGACAAGGCCAACUCCACUCUCAGUCAAAAGCAACUCUCUGACGCCGAACCGGACAGACAUAACAGAGGUGCGGCACUCCGUCCUCAGCCCAUCGGCUUAUUACUAUCCUCUUUAGCUGCCACUAUCCAGUCUCUAUCAAUCCUGAAAUCAAGUUCAAUGCAAAAUGGUGCUCAAAUCAUGUGCUAGCGAAAAGCAAACCCGGACCUACCGACUCACUCAUACUCCACGGAAGGCCGCAAGGCCCAGA